AUGAAUAGGCCCCUACACGUGCUUCAAUACAAUGUGAAUCGAUCAAAGGAUAGGGUGAUGGCCCAGUUCCUCCGGGACCCUGCGGUCCUGGAGGCUGAUAUCAUCUUUAUACAAGAACCGUGGGACAACCCCUUUCAGGAUUCAACCAAUUAUCCAGCCAAAGCAACACACCAGCUUCUAUACCCGACACGGACAGAUAUAGGGGACGAGCGGGCACGCGUGUGCCUCUUUAUUUGGCGACAAAUCGACUCUAACACCUGGAAACACACACCCCAUUCGAGGGACAUUCAAGAGCUUGAUCUGACCGAUGCUGAUGGCAAGCGGCUUCGCAUCUUCAAUAUAUAUAAUCGACCAGCCGAGGUUGGCACAGGCACCUUAGGCCUGGUCAGUGACCUCACUAUUAACAAUACUAACGACCACGUCCUCCUACUGAGGGACUUCAACCUUCACCACCCGGCCUGGGGCGGCAAGAAUGCUGCCCGAGAUACCCUUUCUAACCAGUUACUUGAUUUAAGCGAUAGAGGGUGCCUGGAUCUCUGGCUAGAGCCGGGCAUCACUACCAGAGACGAAGCCGGAGCGAAGACCACGAUCGACCUAGUCCUCGGCUCGCAGGACCUGACCCCUAGACUCGUUACCUGUGAGGUCACUGAAAAGAUUCACGCAGAUUCCGAUCACCUACCUAUACGGACCCUUAUCGACAUCCAAACCAAGACCCCGGAGGCGCAGCGGCGCCGCAACUGGAAGGCGUACAAAGUAAAAGAAUUACAGACUUUUGUAGACCUGAACCUAUACAGUAAAGCCUUUCCACUUGAGAAUAAGCAGCACAUUGAACUCGCAAUGGAGUUCCUUAUUGAAACGGUAAAUCAAGGAAUAGCAACAUUUACCCCGUGGGCACGGCCAAGCAAGUGGGCGAACCCAAACCGCAAAGGAAAAGUGCUGGCGAGGGCCCUACGGCAGGGACACCGGACCUGGGUUAGAAAGGCCACCGAGGCAGGCCCCCGAGGCAUGUGGCGCGUGGCCAGAUGGGCCAGGAACCGGGACGCCUCCGGGGGACUGGUCCCAACACUGAAAACACCAGAUAACGGCCUCGCACAAACUGCAGAACAGAAAGUUGAAGUAUUCCGGAAGGUUUUUUUCCCCUACCUACCUCCUGCAGACUUUUCCGAUAUCCCUACGACCUCCUUACCUCAGCAACUUGACUUCCCGGAUCUUGCUGAACACGAGGUGUUACGCUGCAUCCGAAAGGCGCCUCCUGACAAGGCUCCCGGGCCCGACGGCAUCCCUAAUAAGGUCUGGCACUGGCUAGGUGAGGUUCCCUCCUUCGUGAAGGCGCUUACGGGUAUCUUUAAUGCCUGUAUCCGGCUCGGGCAUAACCCCGGAUACUUUCAGCAAUCUAUAACGGUAGUCCUCCGUAAGGCCGCGCCACGGGAUUAUCGGAUCGCCAAAUCCUACCGGCCUAUUGCCCUCUUGAACACACUCGGUAAGAUUCUAGAGGCGGCAAUCGCCACCCGCAUAGCCUACGCAUUGGAGGAACAUAGCCUACUGCCACGAGGGCACUUAGAGGGACGCAAGGGUAUCUCCGUCGACCACCUGAUUCAACUACUGAUGGAUGCUAUCUUUGAUGGCUGGGGCCGAGGCCAGAAGGUAAGUAUGCUCCUGUUAGACGUAGCAGGGGCCUUCGAUAACGUCUCCCAUACCCGGCUGCUGCACAACCUGAAGAUAGCACGACUAGGGCACUUCGCCGGGUGGCUAGAGUCAUUCCUUUCAGACCGAUAG